AUGGCUGCACUGACACAAGUCUCCGUCAUUGAGUCGGAAGAAGCCCUGCUGGACGCUUCAACCGCCCCGACCACGCCGGAGGGAAGCAUGUCGUUCAGUCCGGUCUUGCGGCCGUUCCGUGCUGCCGACACCGUCGAAGAUGACACCACCACUACCAUUGGCCCCGGCUCGCGUCUGGCUGGCAACAGUGGCCGCCUUCUGCCCACCACUCUGCCGAGUCCCCAGAUUCCAAGUGUCCGGACGAUCUGCUGUGUCGGUGCCGGUUAUGUUGGUGGACCCACGGCCGCUGUUCUUGCCUUUCAGAACCCCCAGAUCCGCGUUGCCGUCGUCGACAGAGACCCUGUCCGCAUCCGACGAUGGAACUCGCGUCAUCCACCCAUCUACGAGCCAGGCCUCGGCGACAUUGUCCGCAUUGCCCGUGACGGAUCUCGCGCGUGCUCCUUUGUCAACGUGCCCCUGCCUGGCGCUGACCCGUCCACAGACACGGCCCCGAUCAGUGUGCCGCCUCGUGAAUCGAAUCUGUUCUUCUCGACCGAGGUGUCGCGCUGGAUCGGCGAGGCCGACGUUGUCCUCAUCGCCGUGAACACGCCGACCAAGUCGCGCGGUGCCGGUGCUGGCAGUGCCACGGACAUGACAGCCUUUGAGGCUGUCACCGGCGAGGUGGCCAAGCAUGCCCGUCCGGGCGCCAUCAUCGUCGAGAAGUCGACGGUGCCGUGCCGCACCGCCCAGCUGGUGCACGAGACCAUGGCGGUCCACCGUCCCGGCGUGCAUUUCGAGAUCCUGUCCAACCCCGAGUUCCUGGCUGCGGGCACGGCCGUCAACGACCUGCUGUAUCCCGACCGCGUGCUGAUCGGCUCGCUGCCGACGGCGUCGGGCAUGCGCGCAGCCGAGGCUCUGGCUGCGGUGUAUGCGGCUUGGGUGCCGCGCAGCCGCAUCCCGGCGACCAACGUGUGGUCGUCGGAGCUGGCCAAGCUGGUGGCCAACUCGAUGCUGGCCCAGCGCAUCAGCAGCAUCAACAGCAUUGCGGCCAUCUGCGAGCGGACCGGUGCCGACGUCGACGAGGUGGCGGCGUCGGUGGGCCAGGACCCGCGCAUCGGCAACAAGUUUCUCAAGGCCGGCAUCGGUUUUGGCGGCAGCUGCUUCAAGAAGGACAUCCUCAACCUGGUGUACCUGUCCGAGUCGCUCGGGCUGGACGAGGUGGCCGAAUACUGGCGCCAGGUGGUGACGAUGAACGACUAUGCCCGCGACCGGUUUACGCAUCGGGUCGUCAAGUGCCUCAACAACACGCUGACCGGCAAGAAGGCCACCGUGCUGGGCUACGCCUUCAAGAAGAAUACGAGCGACACGCGCGAGUCGCCGGCGCUGGAGAUCAUCAAGACCCUGCUCGAGGAGGGCCCGCGCGAGAUUGCCGUCUUCGACCCGUGCUGCAACCCGGUGGUGAUCCGGGACGAGAUCAACUGCCUUCUGGGCGGCGACCGCGUGUUGCUUAGCGAGGGCGGCUCGCUCCAGGUCUACACGGACGCCUACCAGGCCUGUGCCGACAGCAACUGCAUCCUGAUCACGACCGACUUUGACGAGUUUGGGGGCAAGCCGUUGCCGGGCACUCUGGUCGAUCCGCGGCCGUUUGACCGGUCCGAGCCGAGCGAGAACGAGCUGCUGGCACUGCACAAGUUCCUGGUCGGCAGCACGGCCGAUGUCGACCACGAUCCGCUGCAGCGCUUCCGACCGGAGCUGCUAUGUGAUCCGUCCUGCCCUGACUGCGCUCUCGAGCGGGACGGCUACAAGCUCAACGAGGAGUACAGGCCCCGGGCGAAGCUGGAUUGGAUCAAGAUCUCGACGCACAUGCAGAAGCCGCGCUGGGUCUUUGACGGCCGCGGCGUGCUGGACGUCAAGCGCAUGGCCAAGCUGGGGCUCCGGGUCGAGAGUGUCGGACGUCAGGGCCGAUCGUAG